AAAAACACGAGUGUGCGUCGCCUCAGUAGUUAUCAGCUGAAUUAUUCGGCUAAAAUGCCCUGGCACGGGCAUACGUAGUCGUCGGUCCGCCAUUACGACGCAGCCGAGACACGUUCGUCGUAUUUAGUUAAAUAUUUUGGUUUAUAAAUGAGUAAUAACGCUCAUGAACUAAGUAAUCGACUUCUGAAUGCGUUGGAUAACAAUUACAAUGUUGUCGACAUGCACGCUGUCAAUGAAAUCAUAUCCAUUUUGGAGAAAAUCAAUAUCACAAAAGAGCUGUUGGAGACCACCAGACUUGGCAAGCAUGUGAACGAGCUACGAAGGAAGACGAGCGACCCGACCCUCGCGCGCCGCGCCAAGGUGCUGGUGAAGAGGUGGCGGGACCUCGUCAUCCCGUCCGUGGCCUCGCCCGGAAACACCGGCUCCAACCGAUCGUCGGCAGAGCGACAGGUGCGAAGACUGGGGGGAACGCCUCUCACCUCGCCUGCGCUGUCCAGGGUGGUGAGUCCAGCUGUGAACAGUCCACGGCCACCGUCUAGGCCAGCGUGGGGUGGUUACGAAUCUGACUCUCAGGACGUGAUCCUCGUAGACGACGAGCCUUCACCCGCGCCCGCUCCCUCUCCGGCUCUGCUGCCGCCCCCGCCCGCACAUAAGCCGCUCACGCCGCCUGUGAAGCGGGCAUCCUCCCCUGUGCCUAUACACGAUGAGAAGAAAGCGAAACGAGACAAAAAACCCAAGAAAAAGAGGGGCCACAGUCGCGCCGGCUCCGGCGCGGAGACGGCGGCGGGCUCCGGUCCGGUACCGGGUCCCACUGCACCGGUCCCGAGCCCCGGCCCGGUCCCUCCAGCAGCCGGUGCGGCGUGGCCGGCCCGGAACGGCAGCGCGGCGCCGGACCGUCGCCGGAACGGCUACAAGCGCGACAAGGUGGACCCUUAUGCCGCGCUCGUCAAUAGGAUGCCCCCCGCCGGAGCUAAAAAGGUGAAGACCACCAAGGAGCUCCUGGAGGAGAUCCAGUCUCGAGGCAGGGGGGUGGCUGCCUCCCCGUCGCCGCCGAACUCGCCUGAUGUUAUGCUCAUAGAGCCGGACCCGUGUCCAGUAAAAGUGGAAUCCCCUCUCCGCAACGGAGACAGCGAGCCCCGCGUUCCAUCCCCCGUGCACUCGCCGCUGCCUCCGCUGGAAGACGAGCGGCCCUACUACGAGUGCACUUGCGACGGGGCGGGGUCACCGGCCGACGGGGCGGGGUCGAUGGCCGCGGGGUCACUGACCUCGGGGUCGUUGACCUGCCCCGCGGGCUAUGGCAGGAGGGUGCGGCCACGUCACGUGCACGCGUUGCAUCAUACGCUGGUGCCGGGAGUCAACGGGACCAGGGCACCGCCGUUACCUCACAGGUUCGCUGUCCGCAAGCCCGAGCACCCCGACUGGCCGGGCUUAUUCGCCAGCGUAGUCCCCCUCUACAAAUAUUCGGACUACGCCGACGACUACUGCGUCAAAAACAUGUCCAACGUGCCCAUCUGUACUCAUCUCCCUUGGACGGAGUUCGCCCCUGCACCCCCUUCACCACCCCCUUUACCAGAUCCACCCUCACCCAGACCUUACCCCGUUGAAGAUUCGACAGAUAUAGUGAAAACAGAACCAGACCCUCCACCACCUCCAGACAUCGAUCCAAUCGCAGAAGCAAAACCAAUAAUUAAGAUAGAACCACAACCUGUGAGCUUACCGGUCCUAGAACAGAGCGAGAGACUCAAACCCCCGAUUUUGAACGAGGAAGACGAAAUCCAGUUCGGGAAAGCGGAAAUACUGCCCAAAUUGGAAAUCCAAGCCGAGUUCAAGAACGAAAUACAGGAGCACAGAACUGUGGAAAGGACGAAAAUUAUAGAUAGAGUGGAUUUGGAUGGGAGGGCUUUGGUGGAACAGUGCGAUACGGCGCGGUCGUCGAUACCCUGGGACUAUGAGCAGAUGGCUAAAGCACCUGAAUUCUCGUUUGGCAUUGAAAUCGCUGAAGAGGAAGAGGAGUUGGCUUUAGAGACGGCUUUGGUGACAUCUGCGGAAUCCAUGGAAUCUGCGGAUCCAACAGAAUCGACGAGAGAUUCCCUCGGUCGCCCUUUGCCGCCUCAGCGAUUUAGCGAGUGGCACGAAUGCGCUAAACUAGGCGAUCUGAUAGCUCUGCCAUACGUAGUGAUCGACUGACGCCACCAAGCCACUUCGCCCCCAAGUGCCCUUACUAUUGUUAUAGAAGUGACGGGUGAUAUGAGCGCCAUUAACUUUCGAGUGUAUUUUCGGGUACAUCCAAUUUGAACAAAAUGAAAACAAAA